GCUGACCCGAGAGACGGUCGGUCAUUGUUGGCUGCUUGCGGUCCAUUUUCGACAACACCCAAAUCUCCCCACUACAUCCUCACAAACUUACUCACGCACUCUCAUUGGGCAUUGAUCAGAACGCAUCGCAUCACCCGAGCAACACUUAUCUAACCCAUCAAUAUGGCGCCGCCCAGCAGCCUCGGCAAACGCGUAAAGGGUACACAGAUUAAACGACCCUUCAUUUACGGCACGACCGCCCGUCCCUUUGACCCCGAAUCCAACCCCAAGCCGGAAGGCGUACCGGCAGACCACACCCAUUCAUGGGAGGUCUUUGUCAAGGCCAUCGACGAUAUCGACAUCACCUACUGGAUUCGGAGAGUGCAGUUCAAGCUACACGAGUCCAUUCCUAACCACGUUCGCAUGAUCGACGGCGAGCCGGGCAAACCGUUCCUUAUCCAAGAGACCGGCUGGGGAGAGUUUGAAAUCACCAUCAAGAUAUACUACGCGACCGAGUCAGGAGAGAAACCUCAGACGUUGUACCAUAAUCUGCGUCUUCACCCGUACGGACGGACCGACGCCGAAAAGGAGCAGAUGCUGCGACAGAACGACGGCGAGAUCCGCGCAUGGGCCUACGACGAACAACUUUUCAACGAACCGUACGAAGCCUUUUACGAAGUGCUCACCUCUGGUGCUCACCCCAAGGGCCACCCAGUUGGCAAAGGAGGCAAAGGCAAGAACAAACCGAUCCCGGCCUUGCCAGAGAAGACAUCAAACGUCCAGGUGGCGUGGGAGCGCAGCGCACUACUGCCCGCCGUUAACAAGCCUGGCCAGCCGUUCAGUCUCGAGACCGAGCAGAUUGAAGUGAAGAAGCUCAAGGAGGCCGAGACCACGGCCAAGGGAAUGGCCAAGCAGCAGUUGGAGAUUCUCAAGGAGAAGGAGGCCCAGCUGGCUGCGCUAAAAGCGGAGAACGCUGCUGCUGCUACGGCCGGUUAGGAACCGCCCAGUGUAGCAGCUAGAAGACCUGCUCGUAAGGUGGCAGUCGCGUCCCAUCUGCUUGCCUUGUCCAGGGACAAGGAGAGGCUCGAACGCGUCAAGGCAGAGUUGGAGCUCAUCAGCCAG